GAAAUAAACUUAAGGGGAUUCCCUAAUUACCCAACGGUCUAAAAAACAGAACGAACAUUUUCAGUGUGAGUAGAUAGUGAAAUUGAGAACGCCGGCGCUUUUUUAUUGUAUGCUGUUCUAAAUGAUAAUUUAAAGAGAUACUUUAACAGGAAAACAGUAGACGAGUAGGUUAAAGGAAAAAACAGCAAAUUUAGUAUUAAAAUAGUAAGCAUGGCAAUACAGCCUGCAGAAAAUGACAAACAUCAAAGUUUACAGGUUAUGUUGUUAUGUGUUGUAUUAUUUGUUCAGAGGUUUAGACAAGCAACAAAUUAGCGACUUAUUAUGAAUAUAAUGUGUUCUUGUUUACUGCCAACAAGUAAUAUCCUAUCAUAAUAAAAGUAGAGAUGUAGACUGGUGCAAAUUUUUAUUCCUGGAUUGAUAGGUGAACUUUUAUUAUAAGAUGGAGGCUGGGUGUUCAACAGUGGAAUUGCAAGAGAAAGAGGACGGAGAAAUUUUAACAUCAAGUACUGAGGGAGUAUCUACUACAGAUCUUCUAGCAUCUCCCGUGAAAGCAUUAAAAUCUUCUAGUCGCUUAAAUGACUCUCCUUUAUUGAGAACCAAACUUACAAUUAAUAUUAACCAACAAAGUCUCAGUAAUCGUUUGCAAAGUACAUUUAAUAAUGUAACUGCUAUAAAACCUACUGAAUCAAAUAGUGCAAUUAGUACACCAAAUACGGACAAUCUUUUGGACUUGAAUUUUCCAAAAUUUAAUGUUCUUGGGAAAGAACAAGCAAAAAAAAGGCUUCAAGCAUUUUCCAUGUUCAAAAACAAUUCUUUAAAGUUGCCUAUUAAAAAAAACAUCAAUAAAAGCAAAAUCCUUACUCAGUUUACCGAAGAUGUUUAUAAUGAAGAUGGUGAAAAAAUUGAUGAAAAGACAAUUACGAUCUCUAGACCUUCAAGAAAAGUGACUAAUCCUGAAAAAAAGGCCAAAACAGUAAUAGAGGAAAUUGAAGAGAUAAAAAAGAUAGAAACAGCAUAUAGAGAAGCUCUUGAAGACAAGUUACUAUCUGAUUUCAAGAAACGUAAUCAUAAGAAUAGGAAAGAAGAAAGAGAAAAAGAAAAAACUAAAGAUUAUAAAUUACAGUCUACACAAAGAGACACGAAUGAAAAGAAAGUCAAAAAUCUUCCUAAUAAUUGGAAGGAAUUCAUAGAUAAUAACUUUGAUGUAUAUUCCAUACGUGCAUUUAGGAGUAAAGAGAAGGAUCAUAUUAUAACUGAUUUCAGGAAACAGUUACUUUUCGAAAGUUAUGCAUUUCCUUUAAAUUCAAUAACUGUUAAAUCUACAGCAGGCUUAGAUAAAAUUGUUCCUCCAGAAUGUAUAAGAUUUACAAAGUGUCAUCCAAGUAUAUCUUUUAAUGUGAAUCCAUGUGUUUCAAAUGGAAAGUACCUUUCAAGGGCUGAAGUUUUUAAUUAUGUUCCAAAAUCUCAUAUCAACAUACUGAAUAAUAUUAUAUCCAGCACAGCCACUCUUAGACAUGUGGAGGUAACACAAACUAAAGUGCGCAAGUGGUAUCCCAAAAUUGGCUUAACUCCAGUGUAUGCAGCUGAGUGUGAAGUAUUAGAACCCUCACUAGGUCUUUCAUUUCUUAAAAGUUAUUCUGGCGAGGAGGAAGAAGAGGAUGUGUCAAUUGAAAAUAAUUUUGAACAGUUAAAUAAAGAAAAUAAGACUAAUUUGGAAAGUGCGCCAAAAUAUACCGAUGUAAAUGUAAAAGAUGAUCUAAGAGGCCAAAGCAUAGAGAAUGAAAAAGAAAAAAAGGAGAAUAUAAGUAAAACGGACAAGACUAACGAAAACAAGAAGAAUAUUAGAAAGCAAAAGAAAAACCAAGAGGAAUCUGAUAGUGAAGAAGGUAGUAAUUCCGAAACAGAGUCGGAUGAUCGAGGCAGUAAACAUGAAAAAGAAAAGAAAACUUCAAAUAGAGGUGGCAACUCAAAUAACAGAAAAGAUUCCCAUAAAGUAAAAAAAAUUAAGAAAAAUUUUAGGAAAGAAAAAAAGAAGAAAAAGAAAAAGGAGACUGACAAAAGCGAUUCUGAAAACAACGAAAGAGGAAAAGAAAUAGACAAAGACGGGGAACAGUGUCAUUCUAAAAGUAAAUCUUAUGAUAAAGAAUAUAAAACUACUAGACACAUAGAUGUUGAAGAAAGAAGUAUAAAUCAAAAUGACAAUAAACGAAAUAGUAGCGAAGAAAUAGAAAAAGAGAAUUUGAAAGUAAGAAAUAUGGAAGAACAGAAAUGUUUUAGCCCUAGGCUUACAAAAAGAGAAGAUCGAAAAAAUUAUUCUAAGCACAAUGAAAAGGUACGAACUAACCUUUUUGAAGAAAGAAGUAAAAGUAAUGAUAAGAGUUUUCAUGGUGAGAAAGGAAGUACCAGCAAACGAAGAGAUAUUUCUCCUGCAUAUAGAUCCAAAGAAAACAGAAAUGUAAGAAAAAGUACCAGCUCCUCAAGAAAAAGUAAAUCACCUGAAAGAAAAAAAGUUUUGAAAGAUGACGAUAGAAAUACUGAUUAUAGAAACGAAAAUAAAAAUGACACCAAAUUUAGAUCGCGUUCACAUGAGAACUCACAAAGAAAGUCUAAAGAUAAAACACCAAGAGAAAAUCAGAAGAAGCCUAAAGUUAAAAGCAUCGCAGAAACAGAAUUUGGUACACCAGAUACAAACGAUUAUCAUUCAAAUUGGGAAAGUGAUAAUGAACUGAUAACGCCUGUUAAAGACGAACAAUCAAUGGUUGUGGAAAAUAAGCCAACAGAAAAUCUUUGGAGGGAUACUCCCACAAGAGAAGAGUCGAUAUUUUUAGUAAAAUCACCGUCAACUUCAAGCUACUCUAAUAAUAAGAUAAUAGCAGACGAAUUUCUGAUAUCGCCUCAUCGAAGCAGAUCUCCUAAACGACAAAAAUGUCGCAAAUCAGUAACACCUCCAUUUCGAUUAGAUUACAGAGAGUUGAGAAGACAAAAAGUAUAUGAGAAUAAAUCCGCAGAAAUGCCUUUUUUCCCUUCUAUAAAUUAUUCUUUAAAUUUAAAAGAUAAUAUUAAAUCAUUUGAGGAUUCUUUCCAAGACAAUCCGCGAUCGAGAAAAACUUCUCCUGCAUGCGAGAAAUCUCCAAGGAGAAAUAAAAAUUUAGACAAAUCACCAAAACGCAGACCUCAUCGAUAUUUGCAAAGAAAUUACCGAAGUCCUUCCCGUGAUGAUUUUAGACUCGAAGAUGAACCAUCAGGAAAUAUUUUUGAUAUUUCUGAUAAAUACGGAUCAUUUGAGAAGUCUCCAGUUAGAAGAUCCACGAAAAGAUAUUUAGAUUACUCUCCCAAAAAGAAAAAAGAAGGUAAGCUUUCACCUGUCAGAGGUAUUCGAUCGGUUGAAGAAGACAAUUAUAAAUCUACAACACGCGAAAAUUGUACAUCUGUGGAAAGGAAUACUUUUAGAAGAUCAAAUUCCGAUGAAAGACGAUUAUCUGAAGUAGGUUAUAGACGAUCUGUUUCUAUAGAAAAUUUUAGAAGAUCUGUUUCAUUAGAGAAAAUGUCAGAGCAAAACAGAGUAUCAUCAACUGAUGAAAACUUUAGAAAAAAAUGUUUAAGUCAAAUUUCACCUAGCAUUGACUACAACAUUUCUCCAUCAUACCACAAAAACGAGCAUUCAUCUUAUGAUGUUUUAUCAUCAUUUGGAGGGCCUUUAGAAAUGCCGCUUAAUAUCAGACAUAAAAGACGAGAGAGUUUAGAGGUGACAUGGAAGAAUGAUGAUUUCUUUAGAAGUAAUAGAAGAAUAAGUUACAAAGAGAGUAGUUACCAAAUUUUUUCUGAAGAUAGUUGGGAAAGAGAUGAUUAUAAAAAGAUUGACCUGGAGAUGGAAGAACGAACUUUAGAAGAGGAGAGAUUAAGGUUAAUUGAAGAAAGGAGAAAGGUAGCAAUGGAAAGAAGGCAACUAGAAGAGAUGGAAAUGGAAAGAAGAAAAGCAGAAGAAUUUGAGAUAGAAAGAGAAAAGCUUGAAUAUGAAAGAAGGCAUAUUGAAAAUAGAAGAAGAAGAAUAACUGAAAAUAUUGGGGCUAAUGAUGAUGGUUUAUUAUCUGAUGAUGAUCUUGGAAUAAAUCGAAAUUAUCGAGAACGAAAACAUACAUUCAGUGGCUUAACGUAUUCCAAAGGAAAAACAAAACAUUUAGGUGUAGAGUCAAAAAGAAACUUUUCCAACAAACGAGAUUGCCUGGAGAGUUUUAAAGAAAAUACAAGUGAAGGAAAAGUGGGCGAGCAAACUGAAAAGCGAAGUGUGUGUAGAUCAUCAGAAAAACAAAGAGAUGUAGAUGUAUGUUCAGAACCUUUGCGUGUUUCUUGUUCAUCUAAUGAGGCGUUUCUAGACAGUUUUUCAAAAUCAAAACCGGAAGUUCUAGAGAAUGAAUAUGAAAAGUUUAUGCAGGCAGUUUCUAAAUCUGAAAAAGUUUCGGGUAAUGACAUCGAUUAUGUUCAAAAAGAAAAAUCAGAACGUCGUAAAAGUUCGGAAAAAAGGACAGAGGCUAAAAGAAAGAAAAGGUAUAGUACGUCAAGUAGCAGUAGCAGUUCUAGUAGCAGCAGUGACAGUACCAGUAGUGAUUCUAGUUCUUCCGGUUAUACUGAUUCUGAAUCGUCUACAUCAGAUUCAGAAUCAACAAAAACUAAAACAAAACGUUUGGAAAAACACAAAAAAUCAAAAGACAUCAACAGUGAAGUAAACGGAAUGACAGAAGAAAGAGAAUUUAGUAAUGUAAUAAUCAAGAUGGAACCACCAGAUGAUGAUGUAGUCAUGAAGUCAAUUUCUGUUUUAACCCAGAGAGAUGUAGAUGAUUUUAAUCUGGCACCAAUAAAAUCGGAAAAAACUAAUAUUCCAAAACCUGUCUCUCCUGUUUCAAUAAGCGAACAGUCAAAUAUAUUAAAAACUAAUUUUACAGACAUAAAAUUGUUGGAUAUUCCUUUGCCAGGAAGUGUACUGCCCAUUCCAUUUGCUGCUAAAGCGGCUGUUGCUGAAAUACCCCUUCCUUCAUUACCCAUUCCUGUACCUUCACCUGUUGUGGCACCUGCGCAAAUUGUUUCCUCAACUGUUGCAUCUACCUCGGAUUUUUCUUCAAUGUCGCCAAAAAUCAAAAUCGAAGCAGAAACAUCUAAGCCAGUACAGGCGUCUUCUUCUAAAAAGGUUAAUUUAAUUCCCAUUAAGUUAUUAUCUGCUGAAACUAGAAAGCAAGCUAACCAAAGUCCACUGGCGGCAUCUGUAGGCACAAUAGAUAUCAAAAGUUCGAAAGUUAGUUCAACAACGUUAACAGAAGAUGAUAAAGUAGGCGGUGAUUCCCUGAACACUGAUUCACAUAGUGUUAAAAGACAAACUCGAUUUAUCGGAAUGAGUAUUCCUAAUAAGAAAUUAUUAUUAGAUCGUUCAGUUCUUUUUGGAGAUGAGGACGACGAAGAAGCAGUCGAAAUGUCUGACUCUUCUCUAAAUAAAGUAACAGGGGAGUUGCCUGAAAAGCCUGAUGAUGAUAUAAUUUCUUCGGGUGAUCGUAGAAUAACGACUUCCAAUAAAGAAUUGAAAGUUGUUUCAAACGAUGCUUCGGGUUAUAUCAAACCUAAAGAGAUCAACAAAGAAACGACCGACUUCCUUAGAGAGGAACCUGAAAAAGUAGUUUCUUCGCCAAAAUUGGAAAAAUCAAUGAAUAGAAGUCCGUCCAAAAAUGAUAAGAAAUCUUCGAAGGUUUACAACAAACGUCGAGAUUCUUCACGUGAUAGAAGUAAGAGGCGGAGAAGUAAUUCACCAUAUAAAGAAAGACGACGAGAAUCUCCCCGAAAAAGAGGUUCAUCACCGAAAAGAAGAUCACCUCGUCGUAAGCGCGAAAGUAGAAGAAGGGGCAGUAUUUCGCCUCGUCGAAAAUCUCCUAGAAGGGAUUAUUCUCCUAGAAGAAGAAGUCCUUCCCCUAGAAGACGAAGAGAGCUUUCACCUAAGCGAAGAGAAAGUUCUCCAAAAAGAAGAGUGCAUUCUCCAAGAAGAAGAGAUUUGUCACCAAGACGAAGAGCAAAUAGUCCUUCUCCACUGAAGAAUAAAAAUGAAUCAAUCCAAGAAGCUCUUCAACGUAUUGCUGGUAUCAAUCAACCCUCUAUUAGAAUUCAUCAAUCCCCGUCUGUUGCCUCACCCAUAGACGGAUCUAGGAAAAGUGUUGCUGAUUCAACGAUUAGUGAUGAACAGCUGAUGUUACAGAAUGCUGGUAAUAUUAUUGAAUCUCCUGUAUAUUACUCAAAGCAAUUUCAAAAUACUUGCGCUCCGAUGCAUUGCGAUUCUCCAAUUUCACCUAGAAGGCCUUCAUUGGAUGAAAGAAUUGUAAAGGAACUUGGUGCCGAAAGAGAAGACCCGACUAAAUUAAGAGAAGUAAAUAUCAAUUAUGAACAAAUUUAUAGUUAUAAUAUGGAUUUUUAUGACCAAUAUUCUGAAAAUUACCACCUCCACUAUCAACACGAUCAGCAUGUUUAUAAUGCAAGUUACCAAAACACACAGAUAUCAGCACCGGUUAGUAAAGUAGUACAGGUCGGUAAUGUAUUGCAAGUUGUACCAACGGAUGACUUAUCCAAACUUCAGCCUUCGUUACCAGUACCGCAACCUAAACAGGAGCUUACUGGAACCCAAAAAAUUCUACAAGUGGGUAAUAUGCUUCAAAUAGUUCCUACUGCGGUUUCUACUCCUGCACCUGUUGCGGCACCGGAAGUUGUAGUGGAAAAAGGAUCUUCUCCACCGCCUCCGGUAUCGGCAUCGAUACCAAUACAAGAAGUUAAUCUGAAGAAAGUUGAACGACAGACGGAGAAAGAAAAAAGAAAACUUGAAAGAGAGAAAAAGCGACAAGAAAAGAAAGCAAGACGACUUGAAAGAGAGAAGAAAAGGCAACUUAAACUGAAUCAGAAGACUGAAGAUAUGAUAAAGCAAGCAUUACUAGAAGAAACUGAUGAAAGAGUAAACACUGAAGAGAAAACGGACGAAAACGAGUUGGUUCAACAAUGGCCUCCUACGGUUGUAGUCACUAAUAAUGUAAAAUCCCCAGGAAAAGGAAUUUUAGUAUCUUCGAGGGUGAAUAUAAGUGGCGCAGAUGACGAAAAAAAAGUGGAAAAGAAAAAAAGCGUUUCUUUUGCUGAUGGUAUUUUGCCUGGCGAAGGUACCUCUCCUUCAGGAGGCGAAGAACUAUGUUCGCCUCCACCUCCCGCCAAGAAGUUACCGAAAGAAAAACGGCUUAAGAAAACCAAAACAUCUAAGAAAAUAAAGCUACCUAAGAAAAAAGUCAAGGUGAAAGUAAUCCGGCAGCAAAAUCAAACGGAAGAAGAUCACGACGGCGAUGAGGAUAAUCUACCUCCACCCCCACCUCCCCCAGGUUCACCGCCUCCCCAUAUAUUUCCUCCUAGAAUCAAAACGCACAUAAACAAUAUUCAGCCGUCACUCAUGUCUGCAUUGCCAAACACUCAGGUACUUCCGUCAGCAAAUAGCUAUAAUCUUUACCGACAUCCUGUUCCCGUCAUAAUGCCACCUUCUGUAGCUCAUCAUGGAGGACCACCUGGAUCUAGCGGUCUUCAUGGACCUGGUGGAUUACCGGGGCCUCAUUCUGUACCGCAUGUGCCACCUCUGUCCGGAUCCAUUCAUCCUGGAUCGUCGCACCCCCAGGGUUCUCACUCAACCUUGUUUUGAUGUGUUAGUAAUUUUAAAUUAACAGAAAGAAAUGUGAGCCGAUUGUGAAUUAGUGUUUGAAGGAUUAGUUCAUUUUUUGGACUGAAUUACAUUUUUUGUUGGUUUUAAAUUAUUUUCAUUUAUUAGUUUAUUUAUUAUUAUUAAUACACGUAUGUAUGUGUACAUUUUCACCAUGUAUUCUUAGGAGAUUGACUGUCUAAUUGUACAUUAUUAAAUUAAUGAUUUUGAUAAA